AUGAAAAUUAUAUCAGAGUUUAAGGACCAAGACCUUACAGAUAAUAAUAACGACUUUUUUGAACAAUUUUUAAAAGAUAAUAAUGAUGGUUUUAAAUAUGAUAAAGUAUUUUUAAGUCAGUUAAUAAGUCAAGAAGAUCCAACAUUAUUAAACACCAAAGUUGAUAAUUUAACUUUAAUGCAACAGAUUCUUGAUAUUCAAAAAAAUGAUCAAUAUUCUCAUAUUUUCAUUCUGACAUUACCAAUAUUUUCUACUAUUUCUACUAUUUCUAUUACUUUUACUGCUUCUACUACUUUCACUACUUCCACUACUUCUACUACUUCUGCUACUUCUACUACUUCCGCUACUUUCACUACUUCCAGUAUUACUUUUAUUAAUACAUUAAAUAAUAUUCAAUUACCUACCUUUUUUGCAUUUCAAAUUCUUUUAAAAAUGAAUAAACUUUCAAAUAUACAUUCUUCUGAAUUAAAUAUUUCUGAUGAACAAUG